GCCUCGGUCUCGAUUUGGCUUGGAACAUGCAGGAGAUGGACCGGUCGAGCGAGGAGAAUGUGAAGAUCGUCGAGAUGGACAGCGGCGAGCAGCCAGCGCGGCGCGGCGGGGCGAAGGGCGGCGACAGGCAGUUCUCCUCCAUCGAGUACCACCACGGCGGCAGGUGCUCGCCGGCGCCGUCGGCCAUGACGGAGCUGAGCCCGAGGGCGAGCAGCUGGCACGUGGAGGACCACCUGUCCUUCGGGACGGCGCACAGCAGCCCGCACUCCCACUCCCACAACGCGACGGCGGCCAUGGCGGAGCCAGCGGCGUCGGACUUGCCGUUCCCGAGCUACAUGAGCAACACCGAGUCGUCGAGGGCCAAGGCGCGGUCCCAGAGCGCGCCGAGGCAGCGCGCGGCCGCGGAGGCGCUGGAGCGGCAACCGAGCAGGAGGAAGGGGGCGGAGCACAGGAGCGUGCCGCGGGGCGCCAGGAUGCAGCGGUCGUCGUCGCAGCAGCAGGCCGGGUCGGCGCCGCGCCAGUCGCCCUUCUUCCAUCGGCCGUGGUCGUCGUCGACGUCGGUGAGGCUGGACACGUCGACGGCGUCGCUCAAGGAUAGCGAGUGUGGGUCCACCACCAGCUCCGUGGUCACCGCGGCCACCACCGUGUCCACCGUCUACAGCCGGACCCGCUCGCUCGUCGGAUUCGAGGAGAGGAGCUGGGGCUUGAGGGGAUCCUCCCCUCGAUCUAGACCGGGCGCCGCCGUGCGGAGUCUCUCCUUCCCUCCCUCCUCCUCUUCCUCCCACCACGAGGAGCUCGAGGAGGACUCGCCGCCCAGGACGCCACUACUCCCCAGGGACCUGACGUGUUUCAGGACCGGUCAGCGCUCACUCGUGACUGCUCUUGCCUCGUCUUCGUCUCCACGGAGGUCCCUGCCAGCGUCCCGCCGGAGCUGUGCAUCCGUCUACUCCGGCGACCUCCCCUCCGACAGCGCGUGCAGCCUCAACCCGGCUUGA